GGCUACAUCUUAUCUCUGUAAAGCAGUCGCGCAGCAUCUCCGCUAUGGCGAGGUACUGCUUCCUUUUUCUCAGCUCCGUGCUGUUAUCGACAAAUCUCGUACUCGGCGAUCUCAAAAAAGAUGCACCAAAUUUCAUUCGUUUGAUCGAGAGCGCGGAAAUGUUCACGGAGGACUUCAUCGAGGACGCCAAGCAAGAGGUCGUCGAUUCAACCCCCGAGGAUCAGGAGGAGUACGACUUCGUGGUCGUUGGUGCGGGAGCUUCGGGCGCCGUCAUAGCAGCCAGGCUCAGCGAAGAACAGAACGCCAGCGUCUUGCUAAUCGAGCGCGGUGGCCACGAGCAGCUCGUCAUGGAUAUUCCAGCUUUGGCCAUAUUUCUCAUGUACAAUCCAUUUUGGCAUUGGAAUUAUUAUAGCGAACCGUCGCGCACUUACUGCUUGGGAUUUAAAAAUCGACAGUGUAGAAUGCCUGUGGGUCAAGUUAUGGGUGGCUCGAGCUCGGUCAACUGGAUGAUCGCUACCAGGGGUAACAGAUAUGAUUACGAUGAGUGGGCAGAAAUAACUGGAGACGACAGCUGGGCCUACGACAAUAUGUUAAAGUACUUUAAGAAAUUAGAGAAAUUCGAAGUGAAUUUGACGGAAUAUGAAGAUCAGCUACACAACUUUGACGGCCCGGUAAACAUUUGCAACGUGCAGCAUCGCACGCCACUCGUCGACGCUUUUGUCGAAGCCGGACACGAGAUGGGCUUUCCACCGCUCGAUUAUAACGGCCGCAAGCAAACGGGUUUCUCCUACGUGCAAACCAACCAAGUCAACGGCGAGCGACUGAGCUCCAAUCGGGCCUAUUUGCAUUCGGCGCGAGCCCGGCCGAAUCUGAAGCUAAGUAUGCAUAGUCACGUGAACAAGAUUCUGAUCGAUCCAUCGACCAAGCGGGCUUACGGAGUCGAGUUGACGAAGCACGAUUUGGGCACGCCAACCACGACGCUCAAGGUGAUCGCCAGAAAGGAGGUGAUUCUCUGCGCCGGUGCAAUAGGCACCCCGAAACUCUUGAUGCUGUCUGGUAUUGGACCAGCUGAGCAUUUGAAAAGCCAUAGAAUACCGGUGUUGAAGGACGCUCGGGUGGGCAAAAAUUUGAUGGAUCACAUAGCUUACGGUGGACUGACAUUUUUGGUAAACGAUACGGUCAGUUUGGACAUUCGCAGUGCUCUGCAAGUAACGAGAGACGAAGCUUUUCCCGAAUACUUUGAGAACAGAACUGGACCGGGUACGGUGUUGUCCGGCAUCGAAGGCCUGGGUUAUAUCAAUACCGACGAUUUGAACGCCGACAACGAACGCCCCAACAUCGAGUUCAUGUUCGGUGGUGUCCACGUGGCAACCCACCCUCUGCUGCACAUACCCUUCAAAUUCCAGGAGAAGCACUGGGUCAGGUAUUUCAAGCCGAACACGUACGAGCCCGGUUGGCUCAUAUGGCCCAUGUUGAUGAAGCCCAAGAGUCGAGGGGAAAUAUUGUUGAGAAGCACUGAUCCAAAGGAUACCCCUAAAAUCAUAACGAACUAUCUGACUGAUCCCGACGACGUCCGAGUUUCGGUCAAAGGUAUCAGAGUGGCGAUCGAAGUUAGCAAGACCCAAGCUAUGCAAAAGUACGGUACGAAAUUAUACGACAAGAUAGUCCCGGGUUGCGAGAGGCAUCAAUACGACUCGGACAAGUAUUGGGAGUGCGCCCUGCGAACUUACACGAUUACGCUAUGGCACUUCAGUGGUACCUGUAGAAUGGGAAGAGACGAUGACGACGAGGCCGUAGUAGAUUCUCGAGGACUGGUCAAAGGAAUACAGAAUUUGAGGGUGGCCGACGCUUCAAUUAUGCCCGUAGUGCCUACAGCGCAUCUGAAUGUUCCGACGAUGGCAGUCGCGGAGGCUAUCGCAGACAAAGUAAAAGCUCAUUGGAGAUACAUUUAGGUGGCAUAAUUUACAUUCGAGCUGGAAGAUAUUACUGAGGGAUUUUCAAUAAUUUUUUUACAGUCGAUAACUGCGUAAUAAAUUGAGCUGAAAUUUUUUUUAAAAGUAAUUCUUUUUUCAUUUAAAUCUGUGGAUUUGUGUUUUAAUGGCAUGAUUAGGUUACGUAAAA